CAGUUAUCUCCCUCUUCUGGUGGAAUACUUGAAGAUUAUUAUUUAUUUAUUUUCAUGUAAAGGUGCAUAAAAAUCGUGUGAGUCUUUAAACGGCUUUGUCAUCACUCAUAUGGCAUUCACACCUGAAGCCUAUUUAGCUUCUGUCAAUGAAAGCCAACAAGGAUCCAAGUGGUGACUGGAAGUGUAUUCCGGCUCUGGUCCUGCAUUAUCAGUCAUGGAUGAAGGUUCAGCAUUGGAGCGUUAUUUUGAUGAGCCAAUUGAAACUACACAAGCUGAUUCUGGCUUCCUGUUUGAAGGAGACCUGGGCUUGCAAGGCACCCCUCAGCUUCAGAACUCCUCAUUCCUGUCCACCUUGAGCCAACCAGAGAAGGACAUUGGGGAAGAUUUAGAUCUCAGCUUCCUCCCCGAUGACCUGCCAGAAGAGUCCAGAGGAAAUGCUGCUAACGUGACCCAAGACAGUGGCUUGUUUGAUGCCGAUAGGUCUGAGGACUUUGAGACUGACUCUAACAACGCCAUGCCGGGGACCUCUACCUUCUGCCCCAUGACCCCUAUGACCCCCUUGGCCCCAGUGGCAGAGAGUUCUGGAAUCAUCCCCAUUUUACAGAAUAUUGUAUCCACAGUGAAUCUGGCCUGCCCGCUGGACCUAAAAUCCAUCGCUCUUCAAGCCAGAAAUGCUGAAUACAACCCCAAGCGUUUUGCUGCUGUCAUUAUGAGAAUACGGGAGCCUAGGACCACAGCGCUUAUUUUCAGCUCUGGAAAGAUGGUCUGCACGGGAGCUAAGAGCGAGGACCAGUCGCGGCUAGCCGCCCGCAAGUAUGCCCGAGUGGUGCAGAAGCUGGGCUUUCCCGCUAAAUUCCUGGACUUCAAGAUCCAGAACAUGGUGGGGAGCUGUGACGUCUGCUUUCCCAUCCGGCUGGAGGGUCUGGUGCUAACUCAUCAGCAAUUCAGCAGCUAUGAGCCAGAGUUGUUUCCUGGGUUGAUCUACCGCAUGGUGAAACCACGUAUUGUGUUACUGAUCUUUGUGUCCGGAAAAGUGGUUCUUACCGGAGCAAAAGAACGUGGUGAAAUCUAUGAAGCCUUCGAGAACAUUUACCCAAUUCUGAAGGGAUUCCGAAAGCAAUAAUUGAAAAUGUGUCAUGUGUGAAAGUAUUUGAUAAAUGUCUUUAUUUGUAUAUAAAUAUAAAUGUGCCUUAAUUGAGUGUUAACAUUUAUAGAAAGUGUGUAGAUCCACUUCUAAUGUACUUUUAUAAUUUUGUAAUGAAUAACUAUUCGAAUACUGGACCUUCUAAAAAAUAAAGGAAAGUCUGCAUGU